ACAUGCUGAAGGCUUCUGCAAAGUAAACCCCGCAAGAGAAGAGAGAAGAAACCCCAUCCACAGGCUACCCAUGCUGGCAGACACACCGCCUGAAACGCCUACUCGCUUGUGUGGACAUUAAACUCUGCAGCGCAGCAGGAUGGAUCUUUUAGACCGCGGCUACCUGGACGCGCGGUCCCCUUAUGAUUACACCUUUAAUUUUUGGAACGACUACCUCGGUCUGUCGACUCUCGUCGCCAAAAACAAGCCCAACAACCCGUCCUGCAGCCCCAACUCCAUCACCGAGUCCCUCAAAGCGACCCUGGGGCUGGAGGACGACUCCCCGGUUUGCUCUUGCGUAAUUGGGCACGGCAGGGACGGCGACGGACACUUGGACUGCUGCUGCGCGGCUCCGGGCUCCCCUCCGAUCUCCAUUUACGAUCUCAAGGAGCACAUCUCGCUCCUGAGGCCGUACGAGCACCUUGCCGGCGAUUCCCAGCUGGGAGACAGAGAUUCUCCCUCCUACAGGGGAAGCUUCGCCGGCCUCGACCUGCUCUCCAUGGAGCGAAGGCGCAAACAGACUCAGAGGUGCAAGCCGGAGCCCAAAGUGUGCGUCUUCUGUCGGAAUAACGGCGCACCGGAGGAAGUUUACGGCACCCACAUCCUGAAGACGACGGACGGCAAGGUGCUGUGCCCCAUCCUGCGGGCAUACACCUGCCCCCUCUGCAGUGCCAACGGCGACAAUGCGCACACCAUCAAGUACUGCCCGCUUUCUAAGGACCAGCCGAGCCAGAGAGUGGCAAAGGGCGGCAGGGCGAUUGGCAAAAGGCUGAAGAUCUUCUAAACGAGGACGUGAAUGAAGUUUGAGUUGCACUGUCUGAAAUUACUAGUGUGUAUGGCAGUAAUGUUGCCCCAUUUCAUGCACAAGACAAGUCUGGAAAGAUUGUUUUUUUUCCUCUGUGUGUCACUGCUUCGUUUCUAAUGUCUAUACUGUAACUCUAUGGGCACAUAGUUUACACUUGGACGCAUUGCGCGCAAAUAUUCCUCCCCAGCACUCUUAAGGACUUGGUGAUCAAACAAAAAUGAACCAAAGUACUGUAAACAGAUCGACCUGUGAAUGACCACCUUCAUGCUGUAAUCAGAAGUUGCUGUGUUUUCUAGAAAAAGCAGCCCCAGUGCAUGUCAGCUCUGGCUUCAUGACAACAUAAAUGAAUAUGCAGCACUGAUGAUAUGAGGUGAAUGUUUUAGUCCCACAGUCCAUCGGCCCAGUGGAUGGAACAAGUCUGACAGGCCAUGCAAGAUGCAAGAUCUUUAUAUCCAGCACAUGUUUUCUUUUUUUUUUCCUGAGAUAAAGUUUUCUACCAAAGGAAUACACUUUUUGUAUUGAAACUUAGCCUAAAGGUAAAUUUCUGUAUGGUUUUUAUGUUGGAUGUCUUCUAUUCUUCAUGUGAUUUUAUGUGCAUAGCAUUUUACAGACUUCGACUGAAUGUACAACAGUGGAAGGUAGAUCUGACAUGCAGUUCUUCUACAUGCUCUUCGAGUUGCUCUGAGCUCUUUUAAUUCUCUGUCACGAGUUCAAAAACAAAAAAACCCAACAUGGAUUGAUUUGUUUUAUUCAUGUGGAAAUGUGCACCUGCAAUUCUUGUACAUGUACAAAUGAUUUUAGCAAUGAAAA